CUAUUUCGUAGGAUAUCAUACAAAUUGUUAUGCAUAACCUUUCGUAAAAUAUCAUACAAACCCGUUCAUGAGAAUGGGUUGGAAAGCGACAAAACAGUGCUUUCAGCCUGGUGUUAAGUUACUCUUUAAAUCUCAACAUAUUGGCUUAAAUAAGUGCAGGACCCUCGAUCCCAGAUUAAAUAAAAGAUAAAAAAAAUACAAAAAAAAAGAUUUAAUGUGGUACUGAUCCUGACCUUUGUAGCAUCAGUUAACCGGGGAUUUACUUACAAAGUAUUACAUUGUCACUGUAUCUGGGUAUUCUGGAUAUCACAUGUUACACAGGUGUUUAAUCAGUCUGUGUACGUGGAAACAGAACAGACAAGCUGAGGCAGGAUCUGAAACAUUUUUAUUUCUGUUUUGUUUUCGAUCACCUGAUGUUUGGUAGUUUCUUGCUGUAUUUCUGGUCAGGACAGGGGUAUUUGUGUGUGUGUGUGUGUGUGUGUGUGUGUGUGUGUGUGUGUGUGUGUGUGUGUGUGUGUGUGUGUGUCUGAUAAAUACUACAAAAUCAAGAAGCAGAGCAACAUACAGUAUGUGUCAUCCCUUUGCACAGAAUGAGAAGGAGGAAGCAGUGAGUUACACCCUGAAGCAAAAACAAUCCAUCAAACCCCCCAGCUUUGGAAACCAACCAUCCUGCUGGUUUGAGAUCUCUCAAAAAAGAAGAUUGAUGACACCAUAAAUGGAGAGAUAUAAGAAAACCCCUGUGCUGUUUCUUCUUCUGGCUCUGCUUUGUGACUGUGCUGCUGGAAACAAUCCGUGCUUCCAUAACAGUGUCUCAGAUCUCACCUGCUACACUGACUAUAAUUCUAUUAUCACUUGUGUGUGGAACAGCAUAUAUGUGUCUGAUCAACCAGACAAUGUGUGCACAAUCCAAUCCAAAGGUAUCAACAAGAGAACUAAAUUUCAUAGCAGUUCAUGUAACCUGGAGCCUGUUGACGUCUCCAGACCAAUGCCAAAGAAGUGCUCCAUGAUCUACAAAAGAGAAGGCAAUUUCCAGACCUUCGACCAGCUGUCUAUUAAUCUGAGCUGUAGCCCUGCGAAUCAGAGUUUGAUCAUUACCUUCAAGCCAGCUUGUCACAUAAAGCUGGAUCCUCCGCGACAACCAGGUAUCAACUUUACCACCGUUUCCUGGUUAUCUCGACUUACACCCGAACCGCGUGAAAGAAUCACAUUAUACAGCUCCCAAUUGCAGUGGAAACAAGAGGAUGAGUCAUGGAGUGAUCACUCUGUGAAAAUAAAAGACACUCAAUGUGAAUAUUACUGCACAGCGGAGCUGGACCCUGAUCAGAUGAUAGAAGACGAGAAGUACGAGGCACGCACUCGAGUGAAGGCCAUUUCAGAGGGCACCGAAUCAGUGUGGAGUGACUGGAGCCCCACUACAUCAUGGAGGUCUCUGAUAGGAACACCAAAACCAACCCCCCCACCAUCAGGUAAAGAUCCUACUGGGGGUGUUUUUGGCAUUGUUGCUGCGGCAACAGUGUUUACAGUGUUUCUGGUUGUCAUACGCAUUAAGACAGACAAAACCACCUGGGUUUACAUGGCAAAGAGAAUCAAAGGUCCGCCCCUGCCGAACCCAGCAAACUCCUUCCUAAAUGAUGCAAAUUUCCAGAAUUGGUUGAGCCCUUACUUCACCAGUGAAUCCUUUCAGUCCUUCUUUAAGCCGGUGGAUAUCGUCUCUGUUGAGGUAACCUCCACUGUGGAUGCUGUUGCACCCUGCGGGCCAGAGGCAGCACUGCUGGAGAAGAUGAGAAGUGAAAGCAGCCACAAAUCGACCAGUUCCAACUUCUCCAACCCCAGUUACUCCCAGCUGUGUCCUCCUCCUCCUCCUCCUCCUCCUCCUCCUGUCUCCUCGCUCACUGCGGGGAAUCUGGCACCCUGCGCCACCGAUACACCUUAUGGACCCGUCGGUAGUCAAGGUGAGGGUAACAAUGCCGAACAGGAUAGGGAAGCGAGAGGGAAAGAAGUGGAGAUCCGCCAGUUGCUCUCCAAAGGCAGCAACAACAGUGAGCCUAUGGCGGUAAUUUCAGACUAUGAGAAGGCUGAGAAGCUCCAGGUCGAGUGCGUCAGGCUCCAAAGACUGGAUUCGGGCGUGUGCAGUGGCGAAGAGGUCAGUCAAGAGAGCUUCGAGGCAGAUAACAUCAAUGUGACUGAUAGCCAUGAGGACGGGCCUGAAAGAGAGGAGCAGAUGGACGGAGGGAAUGGGAAAGAAGUAGAUUUCCAGAAGUUGUUUGGAGGCAGUGUAGAUAUUUUAGGCAAAGGGUCCAUUCAGGUUUGUUCCGGUUACGAGCAAGUCCAGAAGCUGCCGGCUGACAGCCCUGAGCUCUGGAGCCUGGAUUCAGACAUUGGUAGCGGGGGCGAGGAGCAGAUGAGUCAGGAGGAAAGCUUGGAGGAUAUUGAUAAGUCCACUGAAUCUACAAGCCUCCUGCUUCCCCCUCCUCCUUCCAGCGUCUUAUCAUGCUCCUUGCCCUCUUUCACACCACUGCCUUUGAACUUCUCUGGGCCAGGUUUGAGUCCAGCUCUGCAACCUCUGCCAAGUCAUUUACUUGAGAGGAUUGCUCUAAUGUCAACUAACAGGUCAGUGGAGCCCUCUGGUGAUGGAUAUAUGCCAGUUAGACAGGAACAGAGCUAAAAACUGACAGCAGGCCUUACAGUCAAUGCUGUACAAUACUGUACGUCGCUGGCCUGACAUCGCUAGACCAAAUCGCAAAUGUGUGUAGUCUGAAACCUCUCACUUCAUUUUCCAUUUUCCAACAGGCGGUUAAAACUGAGGUAGACCAACAUGCCUCUGGACGUGGUUGGAUAGACUGACAUGUGACGUAGAGUGGUCAAAUGUGAACAGACAGCAAAAAUAAAAAAUAACAUUGCUCAGAUAUCUUGUGCUCUAGAUAUAAUACAAGUAUUCUCUCCAGCUUCUGGACUAUACUUGAAUCUAACAAAAUUGUUUAUUUUUAUUUACAAAACAAUUAUUGGCAGUGAAAUAAUUUGUUACUUACUCAAUUUCAAACAUUUCUGUCAAAUAUACAUUGACACUUAUGGGAUAUAUCUUUCAAUGAAGAUAAAAAAUACUUGCUAGGCUACUUUAAAUCUUUCCCCAAUCACAAAGGAAAUGUAACCAGUGGCUUUUUUGAAAUGUAGAACUUUAAUUACAAAAGCAAAGGGCAUUUCUAGGCUUACAUAUGCUGCUCUCUCAUUAGAUAUUGAUAAUAAAACAAGACAGACCUGCUACUUUUCAUACUCCUCGAUGCAAUUGCUAGUAUCCAAGGAGGACAUGGAGGAUUAAAAAAAACACAAUGGACUCUUCA